GCGACGUCACCACUUGUCAGCAAGUGAUGACAUUUUUCGGUUUCACCGCGCGUACAAACCAUUCGAUGGUUGUGAAUUAAUCAUGUGCUCACAAAUAAUUCGAUAAACAUUUUUUAAUCAUUGCAAAACGGUGUGUUUCGUAAUAAUUUUCACUAUGAUAUCAACGAGAUAUGCAUCUUUUAUAUCAGGCAUUGCUAUAGCCUCUGUGACAUGGGCAUUCAGCCUGUAUCUGUAUUCAAAAUUGUCACAAAAUACGAAUCUCAUUAACCCAACGGAAAAGGCAUUCGACGUGUCCCGUUUUCUUAAGGAAUCUGUAUUUGAUCAAAAAAACAAUCAUCACCAUAACGGAUUAGUGCAGAACAAUAAUAUAUAUCAUUUUGAUAAAAAUGAUCUUGCCAAAGAUGUUUACUACUCAAAAGGAGAUAAUGGCUUCAAAAACAGCAAAAAACUUGUAGACAAACUACAGCCAGUGCCGAUUAAGCCAUCGGUCACUCUUGGAUAUGGUAGUUUGGAGGAAUUGGGUAUGAUACGCAACAUGGAAGACCAGCGUAAGCAUGAGGAAGGCUACAGACAGUAUGCUUACAAUAUUCUUGUGUCAGAUAAUCUGAGCUUGCAUAGGAAAAUACCGGAUACUCGUAAUAAGCUUUGUUCGCAACAGGAGUAUCCAAAAAACUUGCCAAAUGUCAGUGUCGUCAUAUGUUUCUAUAAUGAGCACAAUACCACAUUACUUCGAUCGGUUCAUUCCAUUCUUGACCGUACACCGACAAAUUUAUUGCAUGAGAUAAUACUGGUGAACGACUACAGCGACAGUGAAGCACUUCAGGAGGAAUUGACCAAAUAUGUCAAUGAAAAAUUUGAUGGAAGGGUGAAAUUAUAUAAGACAGAGAAACGAGAAGGUCUCAUUAGGGCAAGAAUAUUUGGUGCUAGGAAAGCAUCCGGCAAAGUGCUUAUUUUUUUGGACAGUCACAUAGAAGUUAACGAAAUGUGGAUCGAGCCUCUUUUGGCUAGAAUUUCUACAUCAAGAACCAUCGUCCCAAUGCCUGUUAUUGAUAUUAUAAAUGCAGAUACUUUUCAAUACACCUCGAGUCCUCUCGUUCGAGGUGGCUUCAAUUGGGGCCUCCAUUUCACUUGGGAGAAUUUACCCUCUGGUACACUUGUCAACAACGAGGACUUUGUCAAGCCUAUCAAAUCUCCAACUAUGGCAGGUGGACUUUUUGCCAUAAACAGAGAAUAUUUCUUUGAGCUUGGCGAGUAUGAUGCGGGUAUGGAAGUUUGGGGUGGAGAAAAUUUGGAAAUUUCAUUCAGGCUUUGGAUGUGCGGUGGUAGUAUCGAGUUGAUUCCAUGCUCUAGAGUUGGACACAUUUUUCGAUCACGACGACCGUACGGUUCGAACGACCCAUCGACAAUGUUAAAAAAUUCUUUGCGCGUAGCUCACGUGUGGAUGGACGAGUACAAAAAAUAUUUCAUAAGAGAUGUAAAAAAUAUUGAUUACGGUGAUAUCUCAGAUCGCCAAUCGCUCCGUGAACGUUUAAAAUGUCAAGAUUUUGCUUGGUACCUUUCGACCAUUUAUCCAGAAUUGCAAUUGCCUGAUGGAACGAUGCAACAUCAGAAAGAGAAAUCAGCUAAGAUAGAACAACGACCAAUGCAGCCUUGGCACUCGAGAAAGAGAAAUUACACUGAUCAAUAUCAGAUUCGCCUUUCUAAUAGUAAUCUUUGUAUACAAAGUGAAAAAGACGUUAAAACAAAGGGAGGAAAAUUAAUUAUGGCUGCUUGUCUUCGUGUCAAAUCACAGAUGUGGUACGAAACUGACAGGAAUGAAUUAGUUCUUGGCCAACUAUUAUGCAUGGAAAGUAAUGGUGGACCCCCAAAAUUAGGAAAGUGUCACGAAAUGGGGGGCAAUCAAGAAUGGCGACACAAAGGAACGAGUGCCACACCAAUCUACAAUUUGGCAGCUGGAAAGUGUUUAGCUGUUUACACAACAGGUAAAAAGGCCCAAGUUGUAAUGGAUCUGUGUAAAAAAGAUGAUGCUUCAACAAUAUCAUGGGACAUUGUGCGAUCCAAGUUGCCAAACAAAGAUUUCAGAUGACGUAGACAAAAAAAUCGUCGUAAAAGGAAUCGGCGCAAUAGAGAUUGGCUAGGUAGAGAAUGGUGAUCGUGAAUUGAGAAUAUUCAAUGAUCUGAACUACUGAUCAGAAUUAUCUGAAUCAACUUGCAGCUUGCAGGAGCUUAUAAAUUUUAUCAACCGAACUAAAUCUUGGAAUUUUGCAUCGAUGAGCUAUAGGUUUCCGUCCUCUGUGUUCAGAGUCCUCAAAGACUUGAUCGCUCUCAUUUUAUAUUGAAUAACUGUUUUUAUACAUCUCGAUUAUAUCGUUGCCAAAUAAAAGUUUUUGCUUGUGAUAGUGAAA